CAAUAACAACAACGAUUAACGGUAUCAAUACCACCCUCUCUUUCUCUCUCUGAUUAAUUUAAUUUAAAAAAGUAAAAUAAGAGAAUAAGUACGUAAAUGUGCAUGUGUGUGAUUGAGAGAGUUGACCCCCUUUACAUGUCUGCUAUUGCUGUUGAGACAUGUAGAGUGUAGACGUUAUUCUCAUGAGCAACAAAGUGCAUGUGUGUGUUUACGCAAAAAUGUAGCGUCAUUUUUAAAAAAAAAGAAAAAGAGAGAGAGACAGAGCAAGUACAAGCGAUAGUUGAUACAUAUAUUAAAGUGAGAUAGAAAAUACACCGUUGUAUGUUGUCGCGUCAGUUUGCGCCUUCAUAGAAAUGGGAAAGUCGGUUUGAAGGGAGAAACGAGAACACGAGUGCGUCGACACGUUCAGUGCCAGGCUGUAUUAAACCAGGCCCACACUCUGUGUGCCCCAAUAAAAUGUAUUUUUUAUUAUUCAACAAAAUAAUAUAUCAUACAAUUUACCAAUAAUCCAAGCAAAAUUUAAUUAUAAACAAAAAAACCAUUAUUAUUAAUUGUUGUUUGUGAUGAUAAAAAUUAACUUGAAAAAAAUAUAAAAAACAAUUGUGAGUAGUUGUGUGUAUUGUUGAAUAUGUAGUUUAAUGCCAUCAUCAUCAUCAUCAUCAUCAUAUCGUACGGUGAAACCAACAGUCUGUCGUCUACAGUACAACAAUAAUAAUAAUAAUAUUUAAAAAAUAAAAUUAAAAAAAAACUGUUGGACUAUUGGAAAGGGUUAUUACACCACAGUAAUAAUAUAAAAUUCACUCAGUUUGUGAGUACAUCCAAAACUGAUAUCAACAAUUGGCAUUGUUGAUUCAAGUGUGAAAUCAUGAAUUUCACACCAUUUCCGGGUUUUACAACUGGCACAUUGCCAAGUGGUGCACAUCCAUUUACAACAGCAAAAUUUGCCCAAAAUUUAUCAGCUGCUGGUGGUCAAGUUGUUGGUGUAUUAUCAAGUGGUGAAGGUGGAUUACAUUAUUUACGUCCAGUUGAUCCAAAUGGUUUUGCUGUACAAGGUGGAAAUAAUCAACAACAAAUAAUAACACUUCCAAUAACAGUACCUGGUAAAGAUGGUACUGAACAACAACAAACAGUACAUAUACAAGUUGUUAAUCCAGGUGUAACACAAGGUGGUAAUAAUGGUGAUCAACCAAAAUAUCAUCUUGCUCCAUUACUCAGUCAAUUUCCACAGGGUGCAGCAACUGUAUUGACUGUUGCUUAUAGUCAACAGGGUAAUGAAAAUUUACAAAUACAAGUACAACCACAAAAUACUGUUGCAACAACACAAACAUCUGAACAAACAACACAAAGUACAUCAACAGCUGUUACAAGUACAGCACAACAAACAAUACAACAAACUGUACAAUUACCUGGUGCACCAGAGGGUCUACAAAUUGUUGCACAAAUACCACAAGAUUUAAUACUUCGUGAAAGUAUGGAAGAUUCAAAAGAAGAUAUUAAACCAGGUACAACACCAGUUGCAUUAAUAAAACGUGGUAAUGUUAAAAAUCAAGGUAAUCAAAGUAAUGAAGAUUUUGGAUCAGCAAUGCCAGCAACAUGGCAAAGUAUUGCAACACCUGGUUCAACAGUUGCUGAUUAUUUAUCACGUAUACCAUCAAGUCAAUUACCAGUUAGUUUACAUCAUUUUUUAAAAUUUAAUGCUGAUACAAUAAAACGUGAAGCAGCAAUUGAAUCAAGUCCUUUGGGUGCUGAUGGUAUUGAUGCAUCUGGAUCAACAGUUGUUGGUGCUAAUGGUGAACAAACAACUGUACAAAUAACUGUUGCAAGUGGUGAAACUGAAAUUGUACCAGAUUUACCAGAAGAACAAGAAUCAGGAACAAAACCAAAAAGAAAAAAAAAAUACAAGAAAAAACCACCAAAACCUAAAAAACCAAAACCAGGACAAGUUAGUAUUGUAACAGCACUUGAUGGUACAACAUUAUUUUGUUGUCCACAAUGUAAUAUGGCAUAUCCAGAAAAAGAAUUACUUGAACAACAUUUAAUUGGUCAUAAAAUUGAACGUAGAUUUAUUUGUGACAUAUGUGGUGCUGGUUUAAAACGUAAAGAACAUUUAGAAAGACAUAAACUUGGUCAUAAUCCUGAUAGACCAUUUGUAUGUUCUGUUUGUAUGAAAGGUUUUAAAAGAAAAGAACAUCUUAAUUUACAUUUUGUCAUUCAUUCUGGACAAAAAACUGAAGUUUGUACUGAAUGUGGAAAGGCAUUCUAUCGUAAAGAUCAUUUAAGAAAACAUGCUAGAUCACAUGUUGCUAAACGAGCUAAAGAAGAUCCAGAUGGUGCACAAAAUCAACAACAACAACAACAACAACAGCAACAACAGCAACAGCAAAAUGAUCAAUCACAACAAACACAACAACAAAAUGAAAUGCAACAAAAUUCAGUACCUGAAUUGCAACAAAUACAAAUACAAGUUGGUGAAGGAUCACAAGCACAUAUUCAUCAAAUAUCUGUUUCUGAACAAUCAACUGUUGUUUUACCAACUGCUGCUGAAACUGGUGCAAUGGCAAUACUUCAUCAACAACAGCAACAACAACAACAGCAGCAACAACAGCAGCAGCAACAACAACAACAACAACAACAUUAGCAACACUCAACCGCCUUGGUGGAACAAACCACCACCAGGCGGUAUUUUCGAUUUAAUCAUCGUCGGGCAAAGGAUAAAAUCCUUUAAAAAAAAAAAAAAACAAAAAUAAUAUUCAUUAAGUUUGAAUAAUAAAUAACGAAAAGAUCUCUUGGAACUUUGUAAUGUCCCCAAUAAAUUUAACACUAAUAUUGUGUUAAUUUAUAUAAGAAAAUUAUAUUUAAAAAAAAAUGAUCCCUAUUUGAGAUAAUUUUUAGGACUAGCUAAUUAUCAUGCUUGUUAGUUGUUAAUUUUGCUAAUUUAUUAUUAUACAUAUUUUUUUUUUUUUUUUUUUUCUAAUUUAAUAUAUAUAUAUAUAAUUGACUCGUUGAAAAGAAUAAAAAAAACAUCAUACAAGCAUGAAUUAUAAUAUGUUUGUUUUAUUAAAUAAAACAAAAAAAAAUAAUAAAAUAAUAAAUUGUAUGACGAAGCGAGUAAUCUUUGUUGGCAAUUUGAUAAUCAAUUUAUAUUUUAUAUAUAAUUAUUUUAUGAUUUUACACCAGUGUGGGCAUGCAAAUGAAUGAUAAUAUUUUAUUGUUUUUUUUUUUUUCUUUUUUUUUUUUUUUUUCUAUUAUAUAAAAAUAACUGUCGCACUGAAAAAUACCCCACUAAGAAUUAACCGUGAAAAUAUUAAAUACGUAAAUAAAUAAUUAGGUGAUGGAUUAUAAUUGUAAAUAGACGUGCAAUUGUUAAAUACAAAAAACUUUUUUUUCUUUUUAAUUUCUGACUGUCUCAUUGUUGUUAUUAUUAUUUUUUCAUUUAAUGAAAAUUUAAUUUAUCCAUCUCAGUGAGACGAUGACGAAUACGACGACCGCAUUAAUUAAUUAUUGUACGCAUCUGUUAUUUAAAAGAAAAAAAAAAUCAAUAAAUUUAAUAAUGCGACACAAAAUUAG